AUGCCAGAAAACUGUGAAAACUCUUCUGAGUAUGACACAGCAGAAUUCGAUCAGCCACGGUACACUGGAAAAUGCAAAUGGUUUAAUGUACUCAAAGGUUUUGGGUUUAUAAUUGCCGAAGGCUUCGAUGAGGAUUUUUUUGUACAUCAGACUGAAAUUAAUAUGAAAGGAUUCCGUAGCUUGGACGAAGGUGAAAGAGUCUCAUUCUGCAUUCGCAUAAGAAAGGAAGGAAAAGGACGAGAAGCGUAUCAGGUCGGUCCAGAAGAUCCAGAAAAGAAACUGAUGGGAAGCAGAAUUCAUCCUCUCGGCAAGAGUAAAGACAAGCUUGUCAGAUGUUUCAAAUGUGGUAAAUUCGGUCAUCAUUUUGCUCAAAAAUGCAAAAAGUUCGAGGUCCCUGGCAAGUGUUGUUAUAACUGUGGAUCUGUUGAUCAUCUGCUCAGCGCAUGUCCAAUCAAAUCUCCUAAACCUACAAUAGAUGUUCCAAACAUUGUAAAUGACAAAACAAACAGUUUUUAA